AUGACCUCAGAAAACUACGCGGUAUUCCGCGAAUGUCUCUCAAACGCCAUCGUCGCCCGCUCGGAGGGUAAAUCAAGAACAAAACGAAAAUCCAAAGGCAAACGCAAUGCGCGCAAAGACGUGACAGAAGACAUCUCAACAGAACGGGCAAACCCAGAAGAGCUCGCCGAAUUCGUCGACUUCCUCGCCUCAGAAUCCUUCACCUCCUUCCCCGAACCCCUCCAGAAUCUCACCUAUGCAGCAACCCAACAUGAUCCAACCCUCAGCACCCUCUACGUCCCCCCCGACGCUGAAACUCCUUUAGAUCGAGCCAUCCUCGAAAAAAUAUGCACUCCAAUUCCCCUCUCAGUAACAGAUAGCCUAGCAGUCUACGGUAUAAUCCCCGACGCAGCGGAUCUCCCAGACUUCCUCUCGCCAAUUCUAUCAGAAUACACAACAAGCGUGACAGCCGGACCGCCUGUGUGGGCGGAUACGCGGACAGACGCGUGCGAGAUCUGCGAGAGGGAUUGGAUUCCGCUUUCUUAUCAUCAUCUUAUUCCAAGAGGGGUGCAUGCAAAGGUUGUCAAGAAGGGGUGGCAUGAGGAGUGGAUGUUGAAUAGCGUUGCUUGGCUUUGUCGUGCUUGUCAUAGCUUUGUGCAUCGUAUGGCUAGUAAUGAGGAGCUUGCGAGAGAGUGGUUUACUAUUGAGAGGAUUCUCGAGAGGAAGGAUGUGCAGGAUUGGGCGGGGUGGGUUUCUAGGGUGAGGUGGAAGGCUAGGUAA